AUGACCGAGCCCGUGACCGGCCAAAGUGUUGGUAUUGAUCUGGGCACGACCUACUCGUGCGUCGGCGUGUGGCAGAACGACCGCGUGGAGAUCAUCGCCAACGACCAGGGUAACCGCACCACCCCGUCGUACGUGGCCUUCACGGAUACCGAGCGUCUGAUCGGCGAUGCCGCCAAGAACCAGGUGGCCAUGAACGCGCACAACACGGUGUUCGACGUCAAGCGCUUGAUCGGCCGCAAGUUCACCGACCCGGAGGUGCAGUCGGACAUCAAGCACUGGCCGUUUAAAGUUGCUCGAGGCCCGGAGAACAAGCCGCAACUGGUGGUGCAGUUCAAGGGCGAGUCCAAGACGUUCCAGCCCGAGGAGAUCUCGUCCAUGGUGCUGAUCAAGAUGCGCGAGAUCGCCGAGGCGUACAUCGGCAAGCAAGUCAAGAACGCCGUGGUUACGGUGCCAGCGUAUUUCAACGACUCCCAGCGCCAAGCUACCAAGGACGCCGGUGCGAUCGCUGGGCUGAACGUCCUGCGUAUCAUCAAUGAACCCACGGCCGCGGCCAUUGCCUACGGCCUGGACAAGAAGGGCGGGGAACACAACGUGCUGAUCUUCGACCUGGGUGGCGGGACGUUUGAUGUGUCGCUCCUAACGAUCGAAGAAGGCAUCUUUGAGGUGAAGGCCACGGCCGGAGACACGCACCUGGGCGGCGAGGACUUCGACAACCGUCUGGUCGAGUACUUCGUGCAAGAGUUCAAGCGCAAACAUCGCAGAGAUCUCAGUGUGAACUCUCGUGCGAUGCGUCGCCUUCGUACAGCCUGCGAGCGCGCGAAGCGUACGCUGUCCACGUCGGCGCAAGCGUACAUUGAGAUCGAUUCGUUGUUGGACGGCACCGACUUCAACUCGACCAUCACGCGCGCGCGGUUCGAGGACCUGUGCAACGAAUUCUUCCGCAAGACGAUGGAUCCGGUGGCGCAGGUCCUGCGCGACUCCAAGCUGUCGAAGAACCAGGUGAACGAGGUGGUUCUGGUUGGAGGCUCGACGCGUAUCCCCAAGGUGCAGCAGUUGUUGGUGGACUUCUUCAACGGCAAGGAGCUGUUCAAGUCGAUCAACCCGGACGAGGCCGUCGCGUACGGCGCCACGGUGCAGGCUGCUAUCCUGAGUGGCAAUGACUCGUCGUCCAAGCUUCAGGACUUGCUGUUGCUGGACGUGGCUCCGCUGUCGCUUGGCCUGGAGACGGCCGGUGGAGUCAUGACGAAGCUCAUUCCGCGUAACACGACGAUCCCGUCCAAGAAGACGCAGUCGUUCUCGACGUACGCGGACAACCAGCCUGGUGUGCUGAUCCAAGUGUUCGAGGGCGAGCGCACCAUGACCCGCGACAAUCAUCUACUGGGCAAGUUCAAUCUGGACGGCAUCCCGCCCAUGCCUCGCGGUGUCCCGCAGAUCGAUGUUACGUUCGAUGUUGAUGUGAACGGUAUUUUAAACGUGUCGGCCGUGGAGAAGUCGACGGGCAAGGAGAACAAGAUCACGAUCACGAACGACAAGGGCCGACUGUCGCAGGCCGACAUUGACCGCAUGGUCGCCGACGCGGAGAAGUACAAGGACCAAGACGAGCGCAACAAGCUGCGCAUCGAGUCCAAGAACGCGCUGGAGAACUACGCCUUCUCGUUGCGCAGUUCGACGCGCGAGGAGAAGUUGGCGGCCAAGCUCAGUGAGGACGACAAGAAGACGAUCGAAUACAAGGUCGCGGAUACGUUGCACUGGCUGGACGCUAACCAGGCGGCGGAGAAGGAGGAGUUCGACGCGAAGCAACAGGAGCUGGAGAGUAUGGCCAACCCGAUUUUGCAGAAGGUUUACGCGGCGGAAGCGGGCGCUGGUGCUGGAAUGGGUGGCAUGGGCGGUGCUACUGCUGCUGGCGCUGGUGCUGGACCCCAUGGCCCUGGAGGUGCGGAUGGUGAUGAAGGUCCGAAGAUUGAGGAGGUGGACUAA